UUCGUGGAAAGAAAGAAGAUACUCAUUUUUAUUCAUGUAGAUUGAUGAAUUUGUCGUUUCUUUUUUCCUUCGUUGGAAAGGAAAAGAACUGCAAUGAGAAAAAUAUAGAAAAUGGCAAUGUCACUGUCUGAGAAUUUAAGCAUUUGCAUAAAUUCCAGCACAUUUUGCUAUGUGAUAUUCAACCAUUUUUCCGACCUCAGAGAUGGACUUCUUCUGUGCUAUCAUUGCAUUCUUGGUAAUUUCAGCACUGCUUCUUCUAAUAAUCUUUUCUGCUCUAAUGCUGAAAAUCUUUACUGGAAAGUCGAUCAGAAAUCCCCAGUACCCUCCGGUGGCUGGAACUGUAUUCGGUCAGCUGUUUUAUUUCAACAGGCUCCAUGACUACCUGGCAGAACUGGGGAAAAGACAUGGUACUUUUAGACUUCUUGCACCAGACCAGAGUGAAAUUUACACAACUGAUAUACAAAACAUUGAACAUGUACUUAAAACCAGUUUCAAUAAGUACUCUAAAGGUCAAUACAAUGUAGAUAUAGUAACUGAUCUGUUUGGCCAAGGUAUCUUUGUUGUUGAUGGUGCUAAGUGGCGCCAGCAGAGAAAGCUUGCAAGUCAUGAGUUCUCAACAAGAGUUCUUCGCGACUUCAGCUGUACAGUGUUCAGAAACAAUGCAAUAAAGUUGGUUAAAACUGUUACUGAACUUUCCUUAGCUGGCACAAUUUUUGAUAUACAAGACUUGCUAAUGAGAUGUACUUUGGACUCCAUUUUUAAAGUUGGAUUUGGAGUGGAUUUGAAUUGUCUGGAAGGAUCAGAUGAAAAAGAAAAGGCGUUUAUCAGGGCGUUUGAUGAUUCAAAUGCAUUAACAUAUUGGCGCUAUGUGGAUCCAACUUGGCAGCUGAAGCGGUUUCUUAAUAUUGGCUCAGAAGCUUCCCUUAGCAAGAACAUAAGAAUCAUAAAUGAUUAUGUGCAGAAUUUAAUAAUCAAGAAGAGGGAACAAUCUGAAAUGCUACAUCAUAUCAACGAAAAGGAGGAUAUACUCUCAAGAUUUCUGGUGGAGAGCAAGAAGGAUCCAGAAAAUAUGAAUGAUCAAUACUUGAUGGAUAUAAUUCUAAAUUUCAUAAUUGCUGGCAAAGAUACAACUGCAAAUACGCUUUCAUGGUUUUUCUAUAUGGUCUGCAAGAAUCCACUAGUACAGGAGAAAAUAUCACAAGAAAUAAGAGACGUUUUUGGCAGCAAGCGCGAUGAAAGUAGCAUUGAAGAUUUUGUAGGUGCUAUAAAUGAUGAAAAACUUGAAAAAAUGCAGUACCUGCACGCGGCUUUGUCAGAGACCUUAAGACUCUACCCUGCGGUCCCUGUGGACGGAAGGUGUGCUGAGGAGGACGACAUUCUUCCUGAUGGUUAUAAGUUGAGAAAAGGCGAUGGCGUAUAUUAUUUAUCAUACGCGAUGGGGAGGAUGCCUCGUAUAUGGGGAGAUGAUGCUGAGGAUUUUAGGCCAGAAAGAUGGCUCAACAGCGAUGGGGUCUUCGUGCCUGAAUCACCCUUCAAGUUCGUGGCAUUUCAUGCUGGACCGCGAAUUUGUCUUGGCAAGGACUUUGCUUAUCGUCAAAUGAAGAUAGUAUCAAUUGCUCUGCUUCGAUUCAUUCGUUUGAAACUAGCUGAUGAGGAAAAUAAAGUGACUUAUAGGACCAUGUUCACUCUUCACAUUAAUGGAGGCCUUCAUCUCCGUGCAGUUCAAAGGCCAGCCUAGUUAUGUUCAGUUAUUAUGUGUAACAAGUAUUUUCACUCUUC